AUUCUCUUGGAGCAAGCCGGGAAGCAGAGGAGUGGCAGCGGGUGCUGGGUUCCUAAGGUGCAAGGAUGCAGAACAGAAGUGGCCUCCUUCUCUGUGUGCUUGCCCUCCUGAUGGGUUUCCUGAUGGUCUGCCUGGGGGCCUUCUUCAUUUCCAGGAGCUCCACAUUCAGCUGUCAGGAGAGCCUGAUUGUGGCCUAUUUGCUCCUGCCUCUGGGGUUUGUGAUCCUUCUGAGUGGAAUUUUCUGGAGCAACUACCGCCAGGUGACUGAAAGCAAAGAAGUGUUCAGGCAUGUGCUGGGACAACACCUGGCUCAUGGGGCCCUGCCCCUGGCCACCGUGGACAGGCCAGACUUUUACCCUCCUGCCUAUGAAGAGAGCCUUGAGGGGGAAAAGCAGAGCUGUCCUGCAGAGAGAGAGGCCUCUGGCAAUCCUCCACCUCCAUAUACAGAGACAGGCCUGGAAUUCCAGGAUGGAAAUUACUCCUACCCAGAGGCCCCACCAUCUUAUAGAGAGUCCAUAGCUGGCCUGGUGGUGACAGCAACUUCAGAGGAUGCCCAGAGACGAGACCAAGAGUGCUGAGGCAAAGGAAGCUCUCCAGCACUCAUGACGCCGCCACUGUGGGGAGCAGCUACUGAUAACAAAGGCAAACCGGGGACUGUGGGAGGAAAAGCCAUAUCAGGAACCCCUCAUGAGGGCUUGCAGAGGACAUGACAGCCCUGAAUUCCAGAUGUAAUUGGCCAUGCCAGGGCAGGGCAGGCCAGGGGCCCUGGAAGGGUGUGGCCGACACCAAGCAGACAUUUCAGAGGAUUCACACUACUCCUAACCCCGGUAGGCCUUGGGCCCCCAAAGGAGUUACUCUGAGAGCUCUGCUUACAGAGAAUCUUUCUGCUCUCACUCAAUUUCCCUCCCAUCACCUCAGCUCUAGACAGGGAGGAAUAGAUGCUGGCUGUCAGGACAGCCACAUGCCUUCCUGUACUAUAUCACCUAAUAAUCUCAAAGGGAAGGUUUGUUGUUUAAUUUAUUGAUUGUUCAGCCUUUCGUUUUGUUAGCUUGUUUCCUAGUUACCUCCAGCUGACUCCGGAGCGAGGCAGUACUUCACAUCCUGGGAUAUACAUCCUUGGAGCCCAUGAAUGUUAUUUUGUAUUAUUUUAUUUCCAUGCUAUGUAUUUUUUUCUAUCUAAAAGGAAAAUGAAUGUAAUAUUUGCCUUCAAGAUGGUUCAAACACAAAAUGUUAAAUGAGUUGUUUUUUAAAAGAGGUCCUUAUAAGCAGACAUGAUAAGAUUGCUUCUAGACCCAAAUGGAAAUGACAGAAUACUUAUUCAUCAUGGAAUUCUGGGGUGUAGGGUGGAACUUGUACUGGCCAUAGAUGGUAUUAAUAUACCAUUUUAUAUAAAUCUUAUAAAGUUUAAAAAUAUUUAUAUGUAAUUCAAAGAAUCCUCAUAUAAAUCUCUAGAAUGUAAAACAUAAGAAAUUCUAAUGGUAUUUGUUCAUCAUUAACAGGAAACUUCUUGUGUCUCAAGAUAUAGACCUUGACUUUUAGACUCGGGACAUGUAUUUUUAAAUCCACUGGUUUCUCCUCAACUUUAUUAGAUUUUAUUGUUUUGUUUUUUAAAUACAAGAGGACAAGUCUGGUGGCAGGGUGGUAGAAAGAGAUGCAGCUUUUGAACUUGGGCCAAGAAUCUUCAUCUCUCCAGGCCUCAGUUUUCUUCUCUGUCAACUGAGGCAUUCAUGCUAGCUUCAUCGGUGUAGAAUGCCUGUUAUAUGGCAGGCUGUGUGUCAUGAGCUUUUCAUGAGUGUUAUUUAGUCCUCAAUCUAUCUUUAAGAGAUAGGAACUAUGAUGAUUCCCAUUUUACAGAUGUAUAAAACUGAGAUUUUGAGAAGUUAAGAAACUUUCCCAAUAACACAGUGACUCCUAGGAGGAUGAAGAAGGCUUCCCUACAGGGACAUGGGAGGACCUACUUACUUCACACUUUUGAGCUCAGUAGCCCUGUCUUCUUUCCUUCUAGGGAACAGUUUGGAUUUCUUUCUCCCUUCAGAAAAUGGCCUCUAACAGGUAGUGGAGCCCCAGGAUUGCUGCAAUAUCUUAAAGCCCUUGGAGCAACAGCAGAGUUUGCUUUAGGGUCAAUUGGCUUCUUUUAAAGUGUGUAAAAUGUCCACGAGGUUUUCUGCCUAGAAACUGGUCCCUCGCCUCAUAUGUAGUUUCCUUCUGAUCGUUAUAUGAAUGAUGAAGAAUAAUUCCCAAUGGAGACAGACCUCGGUGAAUAGGAACAGGAAGGGCUUUAGACAGUUGGUGAGAAGGGUGUAGAUCAUUCAAAGAGGAAGAGGGUAAUCAAGAUGGGGUGGGGCCUCCUCCCUGGCCUCCUCUUCUCCAUCAUUGCUGAGUACAUAGAUUAAGUAUAUCCUGACAAAUGCAUAAGAAGCCUCAUAAAAGGAAAUCUUUGUCCAUGAAACAUGAAUUUGGGAAUCUGUUAUUUGAAUCCUUCGUAUUGAGGGCAUAAAGAUAUGAAGGUCACUCAUGGUUGUCCAAUAAGGAAGUGAUCAUUUAUUAGUAAUGCAAUUUAUUAUUCCUCUCUUGUCAUCUCUUUCUGUCCCUCUACGAAGACAGUUACCAUGAAAUUCUCCCUGGUGGUCUGAGCACAUUCAUUGACUUGAACUAACACCAUUAUUGGUGUUUGUUUGCAUUCGUAAUAUGUAGUUUUUCCAACUACUGAUAGUCAAGUGAAACAAAUGUUGAUUUUGGUUUACAUAAGAAAUGGUUUUAAUCAUUUUACUGCAAUAAAUUUUGUACUUAAAUUUCCCUUUUGUCAUUUUUGUUUUGCAUUAGAAAAAAAUCAAUAAAAGACCAUAAGUCAAGUUUUAUUUUCUAUGUUAAACUAA